AUGGAGUCAAAAGAUGUGGAUAUUCUUGCAGGAGGCAAUAUGCAUGAAUUAUUUCGUCGUGGGUUACCAAAUGAUCGUAAUAUGUUGUCUGCAAGUGCAUUAAUGUUACCAUCACGUUAUCAUUUAAUUACAAAAGUUUAUGAAGAUUUUCUGCAAGCAGGUGCAACAAUGAUUGUAACUUGUAAUUACUAUGUGACACCAGGUGUAGGAUUUACUCCCGAUGAAAUUCGAGCAUAUUCGCAAACGGCAGGUGAACUGGCAGCUGACUCUCGUGCGAGGUUUAAUCGAAAUGACGGUGUCAAGAUUUGUGGAUCGUUGCCGCCACUCAUGCAUAGUUUUCGCUCGGAUCGUACUAUUGAACGUCAAAAAGGGUUGGACACGUAUUUACUGAUUGGUGAAGCUUUAUUACCGUCGGUUGAUGUGUUUCUUGCGGAAACAAUGUCGUCUCUCGCGGAAGCAAAGAUGGCGUUUGAAGGGGUGCAGACGUUGCAGAAACCAGUGAUGGUGUCGUAUGCGUUAAAUAGCACGGGCCAAUUGCGCAGUGGUGAAGAAGUGGUCGAUAGCGUGCGAAGUUUGGUUGAGUUUUGUACGAGUCGCAUUGAGUUGCUGCCUGGUGAACCGGAAGGGAAGCACAAUCUUUUGUGUGGCAUUUUGUUCAAUUGCUCACAACCGGAAGAUAUUGCAAAGGCGAUUCGGCAAUUGAAAGAGGACUCGGAGCUAAUGGACGUGUUGAAGAAGCACAAUCUUCGAAUUGGCGGAUAUGCUAACCACAUAUCACCAUUGUCCAAGGCUGGCGCCAUGGAGGAGUCUCUUGUGGCUGGUGCGCUGCAGUCUGUGGUGGAUUUGGAGGUUUACAGCAAGUUUACCAUGCGUUGGAUUGAAGAUGGUGCGAGUAUUGUUGGUGGCUGCUGUAGCAUAUCGCCUGAAUACAUUCAGCAAAUUGCACAAGAGAUUGCAAAGUAA